GGGAGAGGGGGAGCAAAUGUUUAACCCUCAGUUAGAGUCGCCUCCGGGGCCGCGCGGCGACAGUGACAGGAGCCGCCGCCGCCGCCCGAGCUCGACCGGGGGAGGGGGGGAAGAAAAAAAAUAAUAAAUAAAUAAAAUAAAAGGGCGGUUCGGCCAUGAACUCGGGCGGACAGAGCGACAGCUUCGCGCCGGCGCCGUUUUCUCCAGGUACCAUGGUGCUGGUGGAAGUAAGUGCGGAUAUACACAUCUGCGGCAUCUGCAAGCAACAGUACAGCGCACUGGAAUCUUUUGUGGCGCACAAGCAAAAUGGCUGCCACCUUGGGACGACGGCAGGCGCUGGUACCGUUCAGUACGUGGGGGAAGGAGCAACGCCAGCUACCCAGACUCAAGCUGUUACAAGUACCAUUACUACACAGACGCAGACCAUCCCAGACUAUAGUACUACAAACAUCGGCCAUCCUCCGCUAUCGCAUCCAAGUGACCAUUCUUCAUGUGGGAACCUAGACGUUUCCAACCGCUUGUCGGAGUUUGGUUUUGAACAAAGUUAUCAGACGUAUCUACCAAACAGCAGCAGCAGUGCAGGCCAAGUUUCCAACCUGACGCCGGGACCCACUGCACCACCUCUCAAAAAAUCCAAGUCGAAUUCGACAUCACAGAAGAAACUGACGUGCUGCUAUCCGGGUUGUACAUUUAAAACAUCCCACGGAAAUAAAGAUUUGGAUCGACAUUUAAGAACUCACACAGGCGAAAAACCAUUCAAGUGUGAUAUCUGCAACAAGAAUUUCAGCCGCCAGGAUAAGCUGAAGAUGCACAAUCGCUCCCACACGGGAGAGAAACCGUACAAGUGCCAGUACUGUGACUACGCGGCAGCCGACAGCAGUAGCCUGAAGAAGCACCUCAGGAUUCAUUCUGACGAGCGGCCGUUUAAAUGCCAGAUAUGUCCUUACGCCAGCCGCAACUCCAGCCAGCUCAUCAUCCACCUCCGUUCUCACACUGGAGACGCUCCGUUCCAAUGCCCAGUUUGCAACGCCAAAUUUAAAAUCAACUCUGACUUGAAAAGACACAUACGGAUCCACUCCGGUGAAAAGCCCUAUCAAUGUGACUUCUGUGAUUACCGCUGUGCCAUGAAGGGCAACCUCCGGUCUCACGUCCGUAUAAAGCACAGCAUGGAGAACGCCUUCAAGUGCCCGCAGUGUGAGUUUCAGUGCGGAAACAAGUCCACGUUGAGACAGCACACAAGGAUCCACCAGCCAGACAAGCCGAUAAAAUGCUCCCAGUGCAGCUACUCAUGUUCCAGCAGAGGGUCUCUGAAGGUACACGAAAGAAUACAUUCCGAAGACCGGCCUUUCAGGUGCAAGUUCUGCUCUUUCGGCUCCAAGCAACGCAGUAAUCUGCUCAUGCACUUAAAGAAGCAUCACAUAGGGAAAGAUAAACUGGGCGGCAGGAAGAAAGGAGAAGGGCUGAAACAAGGUUCAACCAGGUUGGUGGUCAAACUGGAUGCAAAGAAACCCUUCAGAUGCGAUUUGUGUGAAGCCAGUUUUGUCCGAGAGGAUUCGCUGCGCAGCCAUAAGAAUCAGCACCGCAUUGUAUCACACGGUGUUGAAGACGGAACCCUAGCAGUGCUGCAACUUCAGAUGCAUCAAGGGAGCCAACCCAAUGCCACGUCCGUCUCCAGUCAUCAACAGCCAAGAUCGGUCACGACGUUUAGCAAAGCAGAGGUGAAGAUUAUCGUUGGCCACCAGUUGAAUCCAACGAACGGCGUUCAAGCAGCUGUGAACGAGCACCACACGAUGAGAGAUGCUGUGGUGUCCGAUUCCAGCCAUCAGAACAUCAGGGACGAAGUCUCACAUGGACCCCAGUUACAACUGUUGCAGCAAGUCAGCAUAAUUACACCAGCGCAACAAGCAGUUCCGCAGAAUGAAGCUGAUGCAAAUUCUUCUUUGGAGCAAGAAACAGUUCUGCUUAGCCCCAUUAGCUCCAGUGCUGCUGACAGCCUCCAUCAGGCCCUCAUGCAGACCACUGCAGUUACGAACCAAGGAUUAACCAACCAGUCAUUCAUCACGAGCUCGACAAUCAAUUGCUCAGACCUGGAUGGCCUCAACGCCCUCAUCCAGGAGGACAGUAGAGGAGUUACUGUAGUGAGCAACACCAACCAGAAUGUUGUAACCUCCUCAUCCCCAGCAUCACCCAUCUUCUUUUCCCCGUCUCCUCAAACGCAGCGACGUAGAUGGAUGGAUAGAUAGGACUUGGAUUUUUUUUUUUUUACAGCGCCUUAUGUUGAAAUGUCUCCAAACGCUUCACGUGGAAUUACUAUCAAGUGUAGUGGCUUUUUUUUGCAGGCAAACGAAGUGACCAUUUACACCAGCCACGAGGUGAAUUGCCAUUUAAUCGAGAGGACUGAUAAAUAUCUUUUCCUUUGUUUCGGCAGGAAGACCAUCGAGUGAUAAUUGCCCAGUGGUCAGAUUAUAAUAGCGAUAGAACUCCUCUCGCAGUCCCAACAAUCAUCAUUGCAGACCAGGGUCAGUCACCUAUUCCUACCUAAUAGCAAUUCAGCACUUUGGGGUGAGCUCCCAACAUUAAAGGUGCUAUACAAAUGUCACUUGUUGUUGUUGUUGAAGCAGCAUUGACAAUAACUGUAUGUAUGGUAACUGCCUGAACAGACCAGCUGGUGGACAAUAGUUGGAAAAGUGGAUAACAUUUUCCAUGAAUGUCGUUCACUUCUACAGCAACUCCGGCAAUUUCAGCUAGAUUCACUUGUGAUCGUAAAUAAAAGAAUCUGACCCUCCUCGGUAAAAUUGAUCAAAACCUGAACCCUUUUCAAUAAAAUCGAGACAGAUGCAAUAUUUCUUCUCACGGGCCACUGUUAUUUAAUUCAGAUACAUCUUGUAUUUUUUUUGAACACCACUGUUUUGUACCAUUUUUAUGAAUAAAUAUCAAAAAGUUUCAGACAA